UUCAGAAAUGGCCGAUGUACAUAAAGCUGUUCCGGGCGUUAGAGCUCCGACACUGACGGGCAGGUUGUAAAUUAGGGGCUCUCGCGUAAACCCAUUUCUAAUUGGGCGGCGGUCGUCACGUGAUCCUCGGUCGUCAUGGUGAAGCUUCCUACACUGUUGUCAUAGGAACGCCCGGUCUGAAGGGAUGGAGUAUACGGGCAGCCGGUAUAAUGGGGAGCACCGGAAUGGAAGACUGGAGGGUAAAGGAGAAUAUAUCCUCCCCACGGAAACCCGCUAUGAGGGAGAGAUGAAGGAUGGCAUGUUCCACGGACAGGGAGCACUCUAUUUUCCAAAUGGGAGUAAAUAUGAAGCUCGGUGGGAUUCUGGUGUUGCUCUGGAGGGAAAAUACACCUUUGCAGAUGGACUCCAGUAUGAAAAAGAAAAAUGGCAUUACUGCGAUGGAUAUGACAGAAGAUUUUACACUGAAAUUUGUAACGGCCUGAAGCCUGCAGGUCGCUCACAACUUACAAAUUUGGAUCCUCCUCGACAAAUCCCAGAAGGUUGCUAUGAUUGUGGGGAUGGAUUCUAUGAUCCAGUCAGUAGAGUGGUGAAUGACUACCAACACCGAUUCCUCCGAAAUGCCGAUGAUGAUGAGCACGAGUGGAUCAUUCAGACCUGUCGGAAGGGAUGGGAUGAGGUUACAGGAUACAAGCCUAAGCACUAGCACCAGAUACAUCUCUCCAGGUCAUUAGGGCUCAUCUAAGCGUAAAAUUGAUCCCAGAUAGUAGAGUCUGCUCAGUGUUUCACCUCGAUUUGUGAAUAAACUAACCAUUUUAUAAAAUGA